CAGAAGCUCCAAAUUACAGCAGCUUCGCCGCAAAAGGCGCAGCAUUUCUACGCUGCUUUGCUCCUUUUUUUCUCAUUUACACUUGGGAUUUGGUUUCUGAAGAUUGCACCUCUCAUAUUUGACGAUACGAAAAAAAACUAACACUACAAUCCAUUCCCAUACCGCCUAAGCCAAUACAAUGACGCAAGACUCUCCGCCAACGCUCUCGCCAGAGCAAAUACACGCGCUCUUUGACAUCCUCACGCACUACCAAGUCUACGCCGAAAUCGAAUCUUUUAAACAUGCAGAUACCGUUAACAAGUUCGGUCCUCCCUUCUCAAAGCGCACGCCGGCUGCUGCAGCUCCCGCUCAGAGCGAAUCGCUAGCUUCGAGCUUUGGCUUCUCUCUUUGGGGGCGAAGCAAUACAGCAACCCCAACGGGAUCCAACACGCCACAGGCAGCGACUCCUGGGCUUCCGAAUGCUAGCCUGCAAUCCCUGAGUACUAGCAGCAGCGAAUAUGAUACUCCUUCAGCCUCACCCAUUCUACAAACGAUGCUGUCAAGGUUGGUGCUACCUAUUCCUGGCAUCUCCGAGCUGCCACGCGGCUUCUGGACCAGAGGGGCACAAGGGAUCCUGUCUCGUUUUGGGGCUGCUGAUUUAUCAGAGAGUUAUGAUAAAGGAGCAAUGGGUACUCGAAAGACUCUUGCUACGGGAGCCAGCUCCAUUAUUGAAAUGCUGGCUCGGGCCACCUUGGGUGGCUUCAAGGGCGCUGGCAAGGAGCCUUCGCCGGCCAGCCCCAGAACAUAUGAUAAAUUAGAAGCUAGGGAUUUGACGCAAGCUUGGGAGGACUUUUUAGAUGGCGGAAUCUACGGCGAUCUUGUUGAUAAACUGUUUCAACAUAUGACCGAGACGGACGACCUUGACGCCUACUCGCCCACCAUCAAACUAGCAGCAGAAUAUGUCAUUAUACAUCUCGCAACUUUUGUACACUAUGUCUUUAUCCAAUCCCCAGAGGGGACCUACAUUCUCAAGCUCCUCGACAACAUCAAUACCCUCAUCCCAUACACGAUGAUCAUACAGACUCUGCGCAUAGGAAAUGCAGCUACCAUGAUAAACGGCAUGGUCAGGCUAUUUCUGGCCAAGCUGAGUGUUACCAGCAUCACAAACUGGGUUGGCCUUACUGCCAAUGAGGACGACGGCAUGAACCUUCUUCAGCGCAUCAUGUCACUCGUGCUAUCUUGGGAUGCCAGCGAAUUCAAAAAGAUUGCCGACAAAAUCGACAAGGACAAAGCUGGCCCCAGUCCUGAGGUUCUGAAAGCUAUACGUGAGCAUGUCCUCCAAGACAAGGCUGUACACGAUGCUUUGAGAGCUGUUAGCAAAGAGACGUCUGAGUCGAUCGUGGUUGCUAUCCUCAACACCUCUCAGCCUGGUCUGGCGACUUCAUUGACCGAAUCUCAGCACGCACAAUGCAUAGAGUACUAUUCAGCAUUACUCUCGGUCCGAGAUCGAGACUGUAUUACCGCUGCGCUCUGCCGCCAACCGCCAGACCUCUUUACACAAGCAGUCAAGGAUGUUGUCGCUGCCUACGACCCCAUCAUCCGCACCAUUCACUCUCAUACCAAUUUGCGGCAGCAUAUGGAAUCCUUACAGGAGUUCAUUAGCGACUUUCUCAAAGUAUCUAUACCAAAGAAAGAUGGGGGCAACGAACCAAAGCUCGUUGCUGUUGAAGACUAUGUCGCACUGAUACGGCGCCAUCGUGCCCCAUUGCAUCGCUUUUUGCACGAUGUGGCAAAGAACUGCCCGGACGUUCGAGAUAAUAUGAAGACAUGGUCCUCGAACUCUAUGGCGGCUUUUAGGCAGAUAGCAUCCGAUUCGGAUCCAAAGCAGAGCAAUAUGGGCAAGGCGCUUACAGAACUAUAUGCGUCUCUCGAUGUCGCUGCACAACCGGAGAUUCUCGACGCCAUCACUAGCCACGCAAGUUACCUUUCUACUCUCAAGAGUCUCUCGAGCGCAAAGUUCCAGUACAUUGUUAAGGCAUCGUCUGAGAAUAGCGGUGGUGACACAACCUCAGGACCUGGAAUAUACUUGUCGAGAUGGGAAGGGCUUUUAGAUGAGACGGCUAUUACUCCCGAGCGCAAAUCAUGCCCCGUCAGGCACGGCCGGGAUGUCCGCCAUCAAGUCACAAACGGCAAGAUUGGUGUUACAAAUGUGACUACAGUGAAGCGAGAAGAAGGGCCGCCGGCGCCAGAUGUCUCUCUCGUUACAGCAGCCUUGGGGGACAAGUUUGUAGAUUUGGUAAAAGAUAUUUCAACCUUGAAGAAGGUUUGAAAGGAAUGUUAUAAAAUAGAAAUUCAUUGAUUAUAGAAAUUAACACUUUCAAUCUCAUCAACAUCUAUCAUUCCACGGCGCACGAUGCACUCGGACGAGGCAAACAGUCAAACAAGAGCUGUCUUCCAUGCUUAUCUUUGACAUCUAAAAUGGGACCGAGGGUUCACCAGAAUGUCCAGGCAGCGUUCUUCCCAAGAAAUUAUAUCCCCAAGAAUUACAGAAAGAUACUUGCCU